UGUACGGGUAUAUAGCGGGGAGAGCAGACAGAGCAGUCAAAGUUUGCGGCAGAAUCCAGAAGAGAGAUUUAAAAAAAAACAAAAAAAAACAUUUUAGUUAUCCAGGAUGCGAGUUUUGUUGGUCUUGCCUCUGCUGAUGUGCGCCGCCGUAUGCUGCGUGGACAGGGCCAGGGCGGAAGUGAAGGCGGUGAAAUUGUGUGGCCGAGAGUUGAUGAGGGCUGUGGUGUACACCUGUGGAGGAUCCCGCUGGAGGAGGUUCCUCACAGAGUCAGACAUGGAUGGUCUAUCCAGAGAUGAGAACAGUUUGGAAAGUUUGCCCAGCAUGAAAAGUUACCCAGGCUCAGACUUGAUCAGACGGGACAUAAACAACAUCCUGUCCACAGUCUGCUGCCAGGUGGGAUGCAGGAAGAGCGACCUCACCUUCCUGUGCUGAGCACCACCACGGACCACAAACAAAUGAGUCCCAACUUAAUAGAAUGCAAAUAUAAAUCACAGCACUUAGACAACAUGAUCGCUAUAGCAACUAGAAUGUGUUGUUUUUUUACAAUAUAAAGUAUGUCUUAUGUGUUAGGGGAGUUUAAAUUAAAUGUAGAUGUGAAUCACUAGAAUAACGUAUCUGAUAUUAAAGAUUUGUUCAACAAUAUCUUUUUUUUUGUUUUUUAACGUAAACCAAAUAAAGAACAGGAACUCAGGGAAAGUAGUUA